GUUUGAUAAACUUUUGAGAUUGUUUUGAUUUAUAGUGGAGUUAUUUUUAGAGAUUAGAAUUACAACUAUAGUUUCAAAAAAUAUUUUUAAUAUGACGGAUGAAGUUAAAAAGUAUUUUAAUGCAUUGUUGCAUAAGGUGAACGGCCUCUACGUCAUUCAAGUAACAGAUCGAGAUGGAGUACCACUAUUACGUGUGAGUCAGGAUAAGAAUUUGGAUUUCGCUCUUAUGCCUUCUUUCAUACCUACAUUUGCAACAGCCAGUGAACAAGCUGGGAAAUUGGGUUUAGGUCGUAAUAAAGUAAUAAUUUCGAUGUAUUCAAAUUACCAGGUUGUGCAAAUGAAUAAGCUGCCACUAAUAUUAACUUUUGUUGGAGGUGAGCAUUGCAAUACCGGUCAUAUACUAGCUUUGGAACAUCAAUUAGAUGCACACUUAGAGGACUUUAAACUAGCUGUAAAUGAAGGUUAAACGAGCACGAAAAAUACAAUUUCUUUUACAAAAUUGUAUUGUAUUUGAAAUGUUUGCCACUGUACAAUAUAUUCAAAAAGCUCCCAUUCGAAACUCGGAGUAUCCUUAAUGAACAGAAAAAAAUAUUAUUACAAUUAUUAAAGAUAGUUCUCGAUCUUUACAAUAUAUUGAAAUGAAAGUACCGGAAUUAUAAAUAACCCAAUAUACACUUUAUUUCAAUCGGAAAGUUGUUGAAGCAAACAUUUCAGAUUAUUUUUAUCUCAUUGAAAUACAAAUGAAAAACAUUGACUAAAUAAACUUAUGUAUAUAUGUUAUUAUAAAAAGUGUAUAAAUAAACUUCCUGCUGGGCUGAUGAUUUACUAUCAAAG